UUACUUCGGCUUCAUCAUGUUCCUGAAUCUCAAUGCUGUCGGGUUUCUGUCCCUCUGCUUGACGAAUGUUGUUUCUGCACGACCGGCGAGAAAUGCUAGAACAAACUAUGUGCUUGUUGGCGCAGGACCUGCAGGAUUUGUACUGGCUGAGCACCUCACGAGAGACCCCGAUGUGAAUGUUGUUUUACUGGAGGUUGCAACCAAUGGUGACGACACAGCCGAUGUCUACGUGCCAGGAAACCUGUUCAAUAUAUUCGAUAGCGUGUGGUACUAUCUCUCCCAGCCCGAUCCGACUUUGAAUGGCGCGCAACCAGACAGCGCUCAAGGAAGAUUGGUCGGCGGAGGAACGGCAGUCAAUGCGAUGCUGCACUGCCGUGGAUCUGCGUCGGUCUUCGACGAAUGGGCAGAAAUAUCCGGCAACGAGGGACUAUCCUGGGGGAACAUCCUGGAGGCUUUCAAAGAGACCACACACUGGACUGAUGCAUUGGAAGCCGAUUAUGAGCAGCAAGUGAACACUAGCUCUUUUGGAAACGGUCCAGUGGAAGUAACCCGACAGAGAGAUGAAUUUCCUUUCGAUAAUCCAUUCGUUGACACUAUUGCGACAAACCAUAACCUUCAAGAGAUCGAUUUCGCCUCAGGCGGCGGCAUCGGUGUCACAAAAGGGCUUGUGACGAUUCGCGCAUCAAACUCCACUCGUUCUUACGCUUACAACACUUUCGGAUACCUCGCGAACACAAGGCCCAAUUUCCAGCUCAUCACAAACGCAUGGGCGUCAAAGAUUGAAUUCGACGGAAAGACUGCUACAAGUGUCACGUACCACGAUACUGUGACCAACACAACACACACACUUUCGGCGGAUGAAAUCAUCGUGACGGCUGGCACGAUCAACAGUGCCCAACUGCUCAUGUUGUCCGGGGUUGGACCGGCGGAUCAGCUCGAAGAACUCGGCAUCGAAGUUGUGGAAGAUAUUCCAGGCAUCGGCAGCAACCUUAUGGAUCACCACUUUGCAGUGAUCCAAUACAAUACUACAGAAGAGCAACCAACCCGAUGGAAGUACGAGAACAACGCAACAUGGGCAGCAGAGCAAGACGCACUCUGGAUCGCCAGCGGAGAUGGUGUCCUUGGAACUGACUGGGGCGAUGCAAUGGGAGCUAUCAGACUUCCUGACUCUGUCUUUGAGGGCACAGGUGACUUCUACACCAAACUGCCAGCCGACCGUCCACACAUCGCAUACAUCUACAGUAACGUGGGCACUCAGCCAGAGCCUAAUGCCACUGCAUUGACAGUCUGGGCGGCCAUGGUGCAACCAGAAUCGAGGGGCAAUGUCACACUGGCAACAACAGAUUACCGCGAUCCGCCACUCAUCUAUGCCAAUUUCUGGGCGACUCCAGGAGAAAAGGCUUUGAUCAAAGCAGGCUACCAAGAAGCUCGGAAGAUGUUUUCAGCUCCGGGGCUACAAGAAGUGAUCCCAGCGGAAACCUUUCCCGGCACAAAUGUCACAGAAGCGAACGACGUGUGGGAAGCUAUCAUCGAAACAUCUCGAAGCUGGCAUCAUCAAUCUGGUACCGUCUCACUCGGAUCUGUCUUGGACGCCAACUGGAGAGUGAAGGGACUCAAAGGACUUCGAGUAGUUGGAGCAGCUUCCAUACCGCAGAUCCCAACUUGCCCUGUCCAGGCCUCGGUCUACGCUUUGGCAAAAGUUGCCGCGUCUGACAUCGCGACUGCGGAUGGCAUCAGUGGGACAGCUUAUUAGAGUGUGAAUUCGGGGCAGCUCAAAUCACUUGUACAAUGGCACAAUGUAUAGAAACCGACGUGGGUGAGAUUUGGGAGAGUACGCUAGCCAGUGGAAUGGAAGUAGAACAUGUUG